AUGGCGGAUCCUGAGGGCACCCAGGAGUCUGCAACAGAUCCCCUGCGCAGGUGGAUUGAAGCCUUUAAUUCCACAUUUGACCACAUCUGUGAGAAGUGGCUACGGAUACAGACAAGGACUGUGCAAGUCACCCCAGUAGCUGACAUUCCACUCCCUGUUGGCACAGUUGACUCUUCCUCCCUUUCUGGGCUAGGAACCCUGAGGGGGCAUUACCAUGAGCGCAGUCGACGCACCCGGGAGACUCCACAACAGGAUCCCUCCUGGGACUUCGCCCUGAAUACAGUGGACAUUGUGUUGUACAUGGUUAUUAUGGCUUAA